AUGCCCGUCACCACCACAGACACCUUUACAUCCGCCAAGGACCCGGAUCACUACGACGUCGAACAUAGUCAUCAUGACCAUGGCAUCGGUGAAGCGGGACCAUCCCGCGCGCUGGGGAUUGACCAAACCCGCGACAUCACAGAGGCCGAGCAUGAGUUGGGCUUUUGGCAAGCCAUCGGCAUGUAUCCCCAGGCCACCUUCUGGUCCAUGUUCUUCUGCAUCGCCGUCGUCAUGGCCGGCUUCGACGCCCAGAUCAUCACCUCCUUCUACGCCCUGCCCGCCUUCCAGCGCAAAUACGGCGAUUGGGUUGGCGAUCAUUAUGAGAUUGCCGCGCCCUGGCAGACGGGUCUGGGCAUGGGCAAUCCCAUCGGUCAGGCUGUCGGCGCCCUCGCCAGUAGCUAUCCGCUGCAUUAUCUCGGGAGGCGCAAAACGCUUGGCCUCUGCUGCGUCUGGUCUGUUGGCUUUGUCUUUGUCCAGUUCUUCGCCACGUCCAUUGGCAUGCUUUGCGCCGGAGAGGUGCUCGCCGGCCUUGCCUACGGAUUUUACGUCGUCAUCGCACCCACCUACGCCUCUGAAAUAUGCCCCGUGACUCUCAGAGGCUUCCUCACAACAUCUGUCAAUCUGGCCUUUGUCAUCGGGCAGUUCAUCGCUCAAGGCUGUGCAGCUGGGGUCGAGACAAGGCUGGAUGAGUGGGCGUACAAGAUCCCCUUUGCUAUCCAAUGGGUAUGGCCUGUUGUGCUGCUUGCUGGGCUUCCCUUUGCCCCGGAAAGUCCAUACUGGCUCGUCCGCCGCGGGAGAAGGGAGGAUGCUCGCAGGGCGUUGCUCCAACUCACGUCUAGCACAAAUCGUCCGGAUAUUGACAAGCUUCUGGUGGGAAUAGAGCAAACAGAUUUACUCGAACAGGAGUAUGAAACCGAGACGACCUAUUACGACUGCUUCAAAGGAGUGAGCCUUGUCCGCACCGAGAUAUCCGUCAUGGUCUACUUGAUCCAAGUCAUUGGAGGAAAUCCACUGAUUGGCUACGCAAACUAUUUCUUCGAACAAGCCGGACUGAGCUCCUCGGAUGCUUUCAAUAUGGGGGUUGGUAAUACUGCUCUUGGGUUUAUCGGCACAGUGAUUUCCUGGCCCCUGAUGAACUUUUUCAAACUAGGCCGGAGAACCAUUUACACUUGGGGAAUGGCCGUCAUGACCGUCCUCCUAUUUGUGAUUGGCUUCCUGAGCAUACCAAAGAACAAUACGGGUGCUAUAUGGGCCAUGGCAUCAUUGAUGGACAUCUGGACGUUUGUAUACCAAAUGACGGUUGGGCCGAUUUGCUUCGUGGUCAUUUCAGAGAUAUCAGCCACACGGUUGCGCGAGCGCACCAUAGCCAUUGCCACAGCGGUGCAAGCGUGCGCCAGCAUUGUUUUCACAGUUGCCAUGCCCUACAUGCUCAAUUCCAACGAGGCCAAUUGGGGGGGCAAGGCUGGGUUUCUUUUUGGCGCCAUCAGCAUCGUGUGCCUGGUUUGGUGCUACUUUCGCCUACCAGAAAGCCGAAACAGAACCUAUGAAGAAUUGGACAUUCUCUUUCAGCGGCGCAUUCCGGCUCGCCAAUUCAAGAAUUAUGACUUGUUGGCAGAAGCAGAUGCACCUGUGGAUAGCACCGAGCGCUUGUAA